AUGGAGCGUGCUCACAGAGUUGUCAUUGUCGGCUUCCCGCGCAAGAUGAUGAAGACAUCCCUCGUUCGUGCCGCCGAGCUCUUCAUCCGUACUGCGACACCGACGGGAGAGACCCCACCAGUCAUUCGCGCCUUCGACAUGACGAAAAAGGUCACCCUCGAUUUCCUCAGCUCUCAAAAGGCCAGUGACUUCUUGGCCAACCUCGCUCCUCGCCAGCCGCUUCGGACCCCUGACCCCGUUCACCCAGCUCAAGAGAUUGAACUUCGUGCGAAACGAGACAUGGAGCCAGGCACGCGCUUGCUCUUCCUCGCCAUGGGCAAAGUACGUGGCGCGGUCGCAGCCGCGACAAGGUCCAUGCUGAAGGAGGUGGGCUCGAACGGGCUAGGCGGUGACAUCUUCCUCUUGCGCAAACCUGAGGACCCCGUUCUCGUAUGCCACCUUCAGCUUGUGACAGGCUGCCCCAGGAAUGAGGUUGCCAUUGCCUUCUUCGAGGAGCAGUUUGCGGAGUUCCAUGCAGUUCUCCGGCCCCUCGUCGAGGACCUGAAGAAAGGCGUGGAGCACCUGAACGUAGGG